AUGGAAGGACUCUCAAUUGUUGCAAAUGGUCUUGCCGUCGUCUCAGUAGCUUUCCAGCUGAGCGAAGCUUGUGUAAAGCUCUAUAUUUUUUGGGAGUCAAUCGAAGACGCGCCUCAAGAGAUAUCUGCUAUCAAGGAAGAUUUGCAGUACCUUAUCUCAGUGUUCAGGAGAAUCGAGUCUGCUAAGACACCUCUUGGCCACUGCAUCGCUGAGGGCAUACAGCACUGCCGAAUCAAGGUCGUGUCCUCAUCGUCCCUCACAGGCCAACGAUACGUACACCCACUACCAGUCAUGUCUCAAGACGUCGCUAAGAACGCGCUGAUGUACUUCGAACAAGCAGUUCCGGAGCAGGCUUUGGCAAACUUUACGGUGCAAGAAUUAAUGUUGCAUGCCAUAAGUCAGACGGCGAUCGCAACCUUCAAAUCGACGUCACUGGAGAUAUUUGCACAGGAUGGUUACAUGAUAGAUGAGUGCGGGCAAAUACGCGCAAAGACCUUUGUAUACUCCAAAAGCCUGCGAUACCGAGUGAGCCAUCAAGCCUCAAGCUUUCGAACAGCCCUAGGAUGUCUCUGGGUACGCACGACGACUAUCAGCCGUGUAAGCGAAUUUACUGGCCAACUUGAGAAGUCACAGACUGUUACUUCUGUUGUGUUCUAUCCGACAAGAUGGUUGCAACUAUUGGGUAUCAGAAAUGGAGUAGAAGCCAUUGUGGCAUCGGCUGGCAGAAGUUGGCUAUACAACUGCAAGAUCACGGUCACACGGGCCGUUCCAGAAGACUCCAUGAUCUUUGAUCUUUGUCUAGCUGGCGAAACAAGAGCUGUACAACUGCUCCUUGAGAAAGGGCAAGGGAGUGUGGUGGACACAAGCCCCAAAGGCUGGAAGCCUCUACACUAUGCUGCUGUAGCAGGGCAUGCCGACCUUUGCGCUCUGCUAAUCCGAGCAGGCGCUGAUAAAUCUGCGCUGGUAUACGAAGGACCUACUGAGUCCGUCCUUGCCGAAGAAAAGAUCGAAAUGCUAAGGCUGUUCUGCGAUUGCAUCGACUUAUCCGAUGCGGACAGCGACGGCUGGCUAGUUCAUGAGUGGCUGAAAAAAGCCUAUGCGACAGAGAGAAAGCCAAUUUCACAAAACAGCAUCACCUGGCUCUUGCACUUGACAGCGAACGAAGAAUACGUUGAAUUCAGCGCUCGAAACGUGUGGUCAGCAUUGCAACACGGACUGAGAUCUGUACUCAACCACGGACGUUUUGGCGACGUCCUAGGGCGCAUCCUGGACCUGUCCGAGGAAGAAUGUGAGAACACUAGCCAGAGACAUAUAGACUCGUUAGGCGCUUGGCUGGCCCUACGAGUCAAUGGUCGGGUACUUCUACCGAUGGCCCAGAAUGCAGGAUCGUUCCUGCAGAUGAAGGGAUUCGACUGGAUUGCUGAUGACAUGCCACACCGACAAUUUCUGCAAGCGCUGCCGAACAUCUAUUCAGCUUGGUGCCAUUCUGUGAUCGAAGCAGUCGAGCAAGUGGAGACAUACAUGAGGGAAGACCUGGAACAGUGUUUCAGUCAGCUGUGCUUAACUCGAGAAACUUUUCUGACACAGAUCUCUCAUGCAAACACACUCCCACAAAAUCCGGGCUGUGGGCAGGCCCAGCGGCGAGUGUGUACAGAUUGCCAAGAUGACUACAGCGCUCUCGACAGUGGUCUCGUAGAGCCAGCACGGAUCGCUGUCGCGGAAUGUGUCAUGACUGGCCAUUCAUUCGAUUGCGCUUGUCAGACAGUCUCCUCCACAAAGCCAUACCAUCUUCCAACUUACUCCGGCGCAUGUUCCGAGGACGAAGAUGAUCAAGUUGACGACAUUGACGAGCAGUUCUACGAUACGGUGCCUCAUCUGUUUGACGAUGUGGACCCCAGCAAGCCUGACGCAUUCUCCGAAAUCGCUACGGUGCUGUAUCGCGCCCACGGACGAGUCUGGAUUGGCAGUUACGCGAUUGGUGAACAGCUUUGUGCGUCUUGCUUUCUGUCCAGAGAACAGUAUAUCGGUGAAGAUGGGCUGGCUGCUGACUUUCCACCAAUGCCAGAAAGUUUCCAGGGGCUCCGAGCGAAGUGGUGA